AAACUUCAACUUUGAUGGCAAUACGCGUGGACCGCAGAAUCUUUUUGCCCUUGCAGCUUUGGUGAGUAACGAAGGCUAACGCUUAUUGUCUGCAACUUCAUGUCAUCGGUGUUCUGUUUUGUAGUGCAUGUAAUGAGCAUGAGCUUCACACUGAAAAGGAAGGAGGUUUUUUGUUUUGUAGGCAUCAUUACUAGGUCUGGCGGUCACCGCGCUAGAGUGCGUCCGAAGGAACUGCUACCUGCUCUUUAUCACGGCUCAUCGCGUAUUCACAGUUAUCACCUUUGUGGGCACACUGAUGCAUUUUCCUUACUACAUGAUUUGGUAUUAUGUACUCCCCUCAGUAUGUCUCUACCUUGCAGACCGUUUUGUACCAAAGUUCAUCCAAUCUAUCUCCAUGGCCCCCGAGGUAGAAUGUUCGUUCAACAAAGAGGCCGAUAUCUUGACUAUGGUGUUGAGCUCUCGAGAUAGGAUGGAGCCUUUGAAGCCAUACUAUCCAGGCGACUAUGUGAAUGUGGAGAUCCCCGAGUUGAGCAUAGUGCCUCAUCCAUUCACGAUUGCAUCCUACUGGGCAGAGGAUCCGUACUCAAUGACACUCUACAUCAGGACUUUCCAAGAGACUAGGACCAGUUGGACAGGUGCGCUCGCAAACAUGUGCUGCGAAAGGGAGAAGGACCAGGAUAGACCAUUACUACUAAAGGCUAAAGUGGAUGGUGUCUUUGGUGACCGAAACCAUGAUUACCUCAGUACUAAAUACAUGGUCAUUUUUUCUGCGGGCGCUGCUAUUACUACAUUCAUGCCAUUAUUGAAAGCAAUGGCGGCACAGAUCGAAGCUGCAGCUAAGGUGCUGGACAAUCCUGAAACAAUUCGAGUCUAUCUGAUUUGCACAUUCCGAUAUGAGAGCGAAUUGUACGCAUAUGGUGAUUUUAUGCAUCGUAUCAUACAUGACCAUCGAUUCAAUUCUUGGUUGCACACUCAGAUUUAUAUUUCCAGACCAGAUAAGGGCACUCCACCGGUCGAGUGUCCAAGUGGACAGUGUUCGAGCGAAUUUGUCUGUGGGCGCAUCGAAAAUGAAGAGAACGGAGAUAUAGUUGAGAGCGUCAAGGUUAAAGUGAGCGAGUCGACAUCGUUGUUAUCAUAUGGAUUCAAGGGCAAAUCGCGGUACGGUGCAAUAUCAACAAAUUGUAGUGGACGUAAUGACCGUGGCAAAGGCUGUUGCAUGGAAGCGGAUACAGCUGUGUCUGCGGGCUCCAGCGCUAGCUCUAUCACCCUCACUAGCAAUACGUCCCCAUGUGCCCCAGAGGCACAGACGAUUGUGACAUUUGCAGCUGCAGCAGCAGAUCAUGAUGCGAUCUAUCGCCACAGAGCGUUACCAACCUUCCCAGCAGCAUCCUCGUCCAUCAUUGCUACAGUUCAUGCCAAAAAGGAUCUAGUAGCAACAACACUUAUUUUGAUAGUUCCUAUGUUUAUUUAUGUAUGGGCCAGAGCUAUUCCCUGGGAGGGAACAUAUAGGGGCGAAACACAUUGGUGUCGAACAACCAUAGAGCAUGAUCAACAUAUGACCAAUCGUUGUUUGUGGUCGUAUUCUAUGCUUCCUGGAUUCCUUCACAUCAUAUCCGCAUGCGUCUUCGGUUACUUGGGACUGUGGGUAGCAAGGAGCACCAACUUGUUUGGGCGUUCAGACAAACGAUCGAUUGCGAAAAGCAAAAGCACAAAACGAUCUAAUUUAUCAGCUAGAGACGCAUACAAGAAUCUCUUGAAUGGUUUAAGUGCAUUAGACUUGGAGGCAGCAGUUGAUCGCUCUCUGCUUUAUGACCGUCGUACCUCCGAUGGCAAUAAUAAUAGUCAUCGUACUACCGAGGUACCUAAAGAAAGCAUUCCGUUCUUGCGUGGUAGGAUCCAAGUGAACCAUCAUAUUCAAGAGCUGAAGGGAAUGGGGAUAGGACUAGAGGACAUGAACGAUAAUUUAGUAGGCCAAGGCGGCGAUGUACUCGUCUUUGGAGGUGGUCCAGAUGCAUUUGUGAAUAUGAUUGGGGAAAGCUGUAAGAAGGCGGCAUGGAAGGUUGAUUAUCAUCGCGAGACUUGGGCUCCAUAAAGAGAAACUUGCGUGUAUGAUUAUAAGGGUGGAAGAUACAAUACUUUUCAUAAUAUACCCCAUUGAAAAAC